AAACAACGUCCGAACAAGUGGCAGUGGCAGUAACAAUUUUGACUUAUUGCCAGCAACAACGCGGCCAAGACAACAACGCGAAACGUUUUAGCUAAACAAAUAAACACGUGUUUGAGUGUUAGUUCUUUGCUUUGUGAAAUAACGAACCCAACUACAGCUACAACUACAACUACCACUACCACUACUCACAACCACCUGCUUUAAUUUUCAAUUAAAUAGGUUAUAAAUUCCUAACAACGUUCCAGCGCAAAAAUCCCUCUUCAAUAUGAGUGCCGUCGAUUCCAUUAUAAAUUUUAAACGUGAUCCCAGCGAGGAUUUCUAUGGCAUGUUGAACUGCGAUGAACAUUCAACGGUGGAACAAAUUCAAGCGGAAUAUAAAGUUUUGGCCCUCCAAUACCAUCCCGACAAGAAUAGUGGCGACAAGGAUGCCGAGGCCAAGUUCCAACAGUUGAAGGAAGCCAAGGAGACUUUGUGCGAUCCCGAGAAACGUGCCAAUUAUGAUAAAUGGCGCAACAGUGGCAUUGCCAUGAGCUACAAGAAUUGGUUGGGCAUGAAGGAGCAUGUCGGUCAGGUGAGAAGAUACACUAUAGCGGAGAAAGUGGAUAAAGAGUCCAUGCAUUGGGCUACUCCCAAGACCAAGGAUCGCAUGUUGCCCGAAACAGCAGGGGCUGGAACCAGUUGCCUAUCGGCAGCCUCACCGAAUCCAGCUCAUCGUAGGGCUUCGGAAGGUGGUGCAGCUCUGUACUAUGGUAAUCGCAAACAGGAAUGGGGAGCCGAUAACUCGGAUGUGGCCAAUAAAUUCCGCAAUUAUGAAAUCUAAGCGAAUCAAGUAAAGAAAAUAUGAACCAAUUUUUGAGAAAAAAAUAAAACUUUGUUAGCAGCUAAGAAGGUUUAGGCGAAGAAAAGAGGAGAAAUAAAAGCAUUUUAAGGAAAUCAUCAUA